AUGGCCUGCUCUGCGGUGAUCACACAUUUUGCUCAGUGGUGGAAUGUAGAAGGAUCUGAGAUUGAGAAGAUCAGACUGAUAGAUCAGCAGAACAGGGAGUUGGAUGAGGAAGAGGCGAUGAAUAUUAACAUUCUGGAUACUCACCGACCAUGGCAUGAUAUUGAACAAUUCACAUUCGAGCUAUCGCUCUUUUCUCAGCUACGUGUUCUUAUUAUCGACACUCCAUUCACCAUUCAGCCACUAUCGCUCACUCUUCCAAAGUCGGUUCGAGGUAUCCAACGCGCUAUUAAUCCAGAUCGACCUGCCGUUGCACAGGAAGAAAGAAUAAUCACCGACUAUUUAUUCCAGGAACUUCCACAGCUUCGAUGUUUACACGUUGCUCAUUCUGAGCUCAGUAUGUUUCAUAACAUGCCAGAUCAUGAGAGCUUCAAUGGCUCUCAAUUCACUGGACAUCGUACGAUCAAUGGAAUUGUCGAAUAUGGAUGA